AUGCAUCAUUUGGAUUUCAUUAUGGGCGAUGUCGCUGCUCCGGUCAAGGAUCAGUUCCAAGGCAAAUCGUUGAAGAGCGAAGUCGACAAGAAAACCUCGAGACAGCAUUUGCGCAAAGACAGCAGCAUGAGCGGUUUAAGUGCUUCGCAGAGAGAAAGAUUGGAGGAGCAAAGGGAAAUGAAUAAACUUGGAGGUGGUCCAUCCCCCAGUAGAGCAGAUGACAUGAGUCCAGAACAGGACACUGCCGCUUCCGUAAAAGCGGCUAUGGAUGCGAUUCUGCAUCCUGAAAAAUCCAAUUCCAGACGACGCAGCAGAAAUCCAAGGAUGCAGCAUAUCGAUGUGAAAUUACCUCCGGUUCCGCCUCAUGAACAGCAUUUGCAAAGUUUCUCCAAGUCGUUGGGGAUCGAUGUAGUGCCUCUGGAAGAAUUGGCUAAAACCUUGGAUGCAGCAGUCGACUUCCUAGAUACGGAACACAAGAAAAUUUGCCGCGGAAGCGGUGGUGGAGGUGAAGCUGGGGCGAAACACGACAAGGAGGCUGCGAAGGUCACACCUGUCUCGAAUACUCCUCCAGCUUCUGUUGUAAAAAAUGGUGCUACUGGUGUUUCAUCUCCAUGUCAACAACAUGAAGCAGGUGCUACCCCGACUAGUCCUGCUAGCGUGGUCACCUCUGCCACGACUUCUAGAACUGGUGCUCUUCAAAGACCCCACACUCCGACGCAACGACCCGCCAGAGAGCAACUGGAAAACAAACCUUCCGGCACUGUCAAGAGCAAGAAAAGUUUUGUUCAUUCUACUAGCGUUACCUUCAAUGAGGACGUUGUGGAAAUUGACGAGCAGUCUCGCUCUUCUGAGGAAGAUUCUAUGCGUGCUAUUCCACAAAACAAAGCACUAAAUGAACAACCUCUCGAAGAUGCCAAUUAUGAGACAGCUGAAGCGUUUUUCGGAGGCGGUUGGCAGACGGUUGAGGAUCCUCAUAGACCAGUUUCGCCGACCUUUGGCAAUAGUGAAGAAGAUGACGAUAAUCAUGAUUCUAGGAUGUCCGCUACCACGACACUAGGAGGUGCUUUCUCUGACAUGUUUGGAUCUUCUGAAAUUCCACAAGCAGGAUCUACUGUGGAGGACCAUGGUUUCGAUCCUCCAGGCUUUGGCUCUCCUCAGGGUGGCUAUUUCCCAUUUCCAGGUGCAAGCCCUCCAGGAUCUUCCUCGUCUGGUAUUAGCUUUGGUACUGUUCCAGUUGCUGCACACAAGAUGAAUACCCCUUCUGCUUCUAGCGUACAAGGGUCCUCGAGGUCGUCGCAAAAAACAGCGACGCCUACUAUUGCCCCAGGCGGUGGCAGCAGCUCCUACGGCAACUUCGUUGGCAAACUACCGGUUGAAGAUAUGACCAACCUGGAAACGUUGCGAGAAACGUAUGCUGACGAACAGAAGCGCUUACUACAAAUCGUCAAAGGACAAGACUCGUCAUCUGCCGCAACAGGAGAAGGAGCAGAAGGUCCGAACAGUCCUCGUCGUCCGACAGCUCACCAAAUGGCCAAGAUGGAUGGUUUGAUGCGAGAAGGGCAAGCCAUGCAAGCCAAGGAGAACUAUGUUGUUUUUCAACAACCUUCGGUCAGACAGGCAUCUUCACCCAGGUCACGCGAAGAUCUUCAGGUUGACACUAGAAGUACUAGUACCAAGAACAAAAUUUUUGGAUCUACUACAACUACUUCUUCUACUUCCUCAAAUAAUAUCAACCAAUACGUCACCAGCAAGAGCGGUCUGGUUCCAGACAGGACACGUGAUAUUUACGCGCCGGCGGAAAAUAGCUUAUACUCUGAAGGUGCCAGUCGUCAUCCCGACCUGUAUGUACCUGACGCAGAACAUGCCGUUGCAGUCUAUGGCGCUGGUCAAUUGCAACAAUUGGAACUCACGCAGGCACAGGGUAGAGGUGGGCCUUCUUGUUCUCCGCGAGCUCAACAGGAGUCAUCAUCUGCUUUCCCAAAAACGACACUUAACGGGCCUCUAUCUGACUCCCCAAAUACUGUGCGCAACAUGCAUGGCCGCUUGCACAAAGCGCCUGCGAAGGUCGGCCGCACACAUCGUCCACAAGCUUAUGUUGUGCUCAAAUGGCCUACUUUGAACUUGCGCAACCAGAGGGGACCCGCUUUGCCUUUGGUGUUUGGCCGGGAUCCGGUUUUGCUUCAUCCGUGUUCUCGAGACGAAAUGCCGUACUUGGGCCACAGUCACGCUCCAUGCGGCAGCAAACCGGACAGUGCAGUGGCACGAAUGGAUACCCGACAACCUGCGGUCAAUGACUUAGUCUUGUCGAACGGCAAUAGCAGUUUCGCUUUGCUUCAUCCACGAGCGGCGCCAUUGGGAAACGGUUCUACUGGAGGUGGCCCUCGUUCAGUGUUGUUGUACACGCGUUAUGGCACGAUCAUGCCAGAGUUUCCGACUGUGCAGCACAUUGGGUAUUUGACGAGGAAGAUUCCUAUUCUCUGGAAACGCGAAAUGGAGCGACGUGCCACAGGAUUCACGGAAUUCGACCAGUACCGAGUGAGACAGGCAUCCAUCGUAUCGGUUCCCACAACCGAAUUAGAAAAAGCAAGAAGCGGCAGCAAGUCGCCUUUCAGAGUUGGAUUCGACGGGGUAAAAGCACACACGCAUGAAGCUUUUGCACAUGGGACAUCACGCCAGGAUCGUAGUACUACACAAGAACACCAAAACGACCUUGGUAAAAGAACUACUCAAGAACCAGAAGACUUACUCUCCGCUUCUUGGAGUGCGGGUGAUUUCAGUAACGUUUCUUUGUCGCCCAUUCUUGAACCACAGAGGUACGAGUUUUACCACGAAGUGAACGAUGGAACAGCUAGCUUGACUUCAUUGUUGAGCAAUACUGCGGCAAGUAGUGACUGUGGUUCAGCGAUUGCUUCGUCGUGUGCGUCGGAUGAUCUGCAAUUAGUGGGGGGACCUUUCGCAUCAGCCCAGCAGCUAGAACUUGACCUUCAGAAACAAGGAAGUAUACCCGGUCCAUCACGUCUGACAUCUACCAGUCUGCUAGAACUGGAAGAACAAGCUACCUCGAGUAGAACUAUUAAAUUUUUCCGAGGACACGACGAGCAGUUGCCGCCACCGGGUGCCUUCAUUCAAAACUUGAAGUCGUCUUUCCUUGAGGGGGCUUUCACACAAGUAGUUUCUCAACAAAGUUCCUCGGUACUAGAUGGCCGAGGAGAUGUAGCAUGGAUGAAGAGCGGGGGUGAUGUCCUCGUGGCAGGAGCUGGCAGUGAGAGUAAAAGAGACAAAUCCACCACGAAAAAGACCUUCAACUACGAAGAUAACGUGGAUACAGACUCUCUUGUUUCCCAAGUACGUGGUGAUCAAAAGCAACUAAUGAGAACCAGCAAGACAACGGCCACCGCCUCUACUUCCCGGCCAACUGCUCCCGCAUCUAGCACACUACUUUCAGCAGAUGAAGUCUCCGGUCAGUUCGCGAUCGCCUGCUUAAACCAGGACACUCUGCAUUCCGACUUUCACACUACUGAUGCUGGUGUGUUGUUCCACUUUGUGGCGCCCAGUAGGACGACUGGCGGAUCUAGCUCCAUUUCUACUUCGAACAACACGACUUCUAAUUUGAUGUUGUACUAUCAGGAAGAAGAAGAGCAAGUAGUGGAUGAAGACCAUGGCAUUGUCCAUGGGAACAUUGACAUGUUGGAAGACAUUUUGGAAGCCGAAUCGCAAGAAGGAGGCUUCUAUUCCUGCAUCGACUCAGACGAAGAAGGGUCUUUCACUUCUCCACGUGAUGACUUUAUGUUCGAUGAAUCUGACUAUGACUUUGUUCUUGAAGGAGGUUUUGAUGAACAUGAGCAAGUCGAACAAGAUAUCGACAGCUGUGGUAUCAUACGAACUUUGACUUCGACCAGCAGCAGCACAAGAAGCAGGAGUUAUAUUACAGGAAUUGGAAAGGUUACUAUGAUUUUCUACAACGAGGAAGAGGAAGAAGCGCAGGAGCAAAAGCUAGAGCAAGCUCCGCUCGCGGCAGCUACGCCAGGCUCUGCUGAUCGAGGUUUACUAGAAGUCUCGUCCGUGCAACAAGAUCUAGCUCUAGGGCCGCAGCAGCAACAGGAUUACAUCUCGUCCAGACCUUGGUCUAAGCAGGUCUCUUUUGCUUCUACAAUGCCUGAAUUCACUCGUCUCGAACGUUACGCGGCGAAAGCGGUGGAGGUGGUCCCUCACCCUCGUGUGAAGCUGGUCGAACCCUCAGAUCCACUUCAGAAAGCUGACAUGAGGUUGACGUUUAACGAUUACAUGCCAUUAAGAGUGAGGCAGAGUGCGCAGUUUAGGACCAAGGCUGUGGAGAGGGAACUGUACAUGGACAUGGUUAGUACAACAGCAGCUAAGAAAGAGGAACAACAGCGAGAUGCCAACAUGAACAUGAUGAUGAACAAGGCUGCAAAUACUACGAGGUUUUCUUCUACAGCAAUGUCAUCUUCACAAUUACGCACGACCACGACGUCCGAACAGUCCUCGUCGCAUCAACAUGUGCACGGGGAAACGACCUACAAGACGAGCAAAAGUCCUCUUCAAAGCACUAAAAACAUCGAGGAUAGCUUUCACCCUUAUGGCGGUGAUUUCGUCCAAGGCUCUUUAUGGCAUCCGCAUGCACAGACUAAGAACCUGCCAGGCAAGAGCUUUCUCAACUUGAAACCUAAGGCGGUCUAUGAGAACACAGGUCUGGCACCCGAUUGCCGCCGUCCUGGUGUGCGCAAAGUGCAAGUAUUACAUCGUCAAGACGCGGCAGCCUUGAUGCUCGACCCUGUAUUGGAUAAUGCAGUUUUGGACGACCUCUAUAGUCCAGCCGAGGGUCCGCGCACUCGCACCGAUCGUCGCGCGGUGCCACCAGGGAGAAACCUGUAUGAUACAAGCAGAAGCAACGGAAAGAUCCGAUGGAAUCUAGUCGAUGAAGAGAAUGACCGAACGUUUAACCGGGCAGCGAGGUGGAACAACGUGGAAAUGCCUGAAUCAACAACGGAGGACAUGUUUAUCAGGGCGAAAAUGAAACAAAUGAACCAAAUGCAAGUAGGUUCUCCUCGUCGUGGAGGUGCACACGCAGAUCCUCUACUGAUUAAAGGUAGCACUGGCUCUUCUGGUUCUGGUGCUCCUGUCAGGAACACGGCCCUCCAGUCGUCUACUACGUGGUCAACGACAGCCAGCUCGUUUUUCGGCUCGGGAGCAGAGACUUUUGCUGCGUCCAGAUCCAUGCAGGAAGAUCUUUACAGCGGGACUUUUAGUUCUCGUCAAGCAAAGCGCUUGUUAGCUAGACCAGAGAAGUGGCAUUUUCCAGCUCUGAGCAAGGAGAUGAUGAGGAAGCGUGGCGAAUUUGACUCAUUGUUGGCGAUGAACGAAGAAUUCCCUGAACCCGAACAAGCAGUAAUGAUGGCUGCUGCAGCCUCAGCGAGUGCUAGGGGAGUUGGUUCUCCUAGUAGAGCAGAAGAUAGUAGAAGGGGUGCUGCUCAUCUGCACCAUCGCCGAGGACGAGGAAGAAAUGCAUCUGAUAGUACAAACAAGAUCUCAGUAAGGCAGAUCAAAGCUGGAGGAAGCGCAGCUACUAGAACUUCUUCACCUCCCGUCUCUAGUGAGAAUGGGGCGACCUCCUUUGAGAACAAUAAGCCGCGUCGUGGUCGUCAGAAUGUGGUCGACCAACUUCAGAAAGGUGUAAAUAUUUCUCUUAUGGAAGGCGAGGUACCUGAUGACGAUGAGGAAUUGACUCGCACGCGAUUGCCACGAGAUGUUGAUGAGGAUGGCGAUGAGGAAGAUCGUCCUCUGACAACGGAAGGAACGCAGGGAGGUCAACAACAUGUUGAACUAGACCAAAUAGAGGGACCUGCUACAGUAGAGCAUGCUCCUGUUGAAGAAUCUACAGCUUCUCGAAAAACUAGUACAACCAAUGUUGCCAAUGCACCUCCACCUGGUGCAGAAGUUGUAGUCCCUUCCUUACGCUCACCACGUAGGAAGCGGCUUUUCAACAGCGAAGGUCGCGACAUGGAUGCUUUGCACUUGACAUCCCCUAGCGGUCUAGGGCAAGGUCCGGUGAUCGGGACUCGAGUUGUUGGAGCUCUUGGUCCUUGUCCGACUGGUGCAACUUCCUCAGACGUUUUAGCUACAGCAGGAAACCAAUACGCUGCAGUGGUUUGCGGUCAACGUGGUUUCACUCCGGUUUGGGAAGAUCCAGAACCGUGGAAACGAGCGCGUGAUGCGAUGUUUGACUCUUUAGUGACUCAAGGAAGCCCAGAAAUCAUGCCUCCAGACUAUCCGGAUUUGUACGAUGAUAGACGUCAUUCGGUUCAAGCUUACCUUUUAGAGCGCAAGCUGAGGGCCGCUGCGAGAGGGGUUUUAGCGGCAAAUCGGUUUGCAAAGCAGCAACAGUAUUUGGAGAUGCUGGCUUUAGCAAGACGCAAAGCAAUGCUGAUGGCCAUGGGCUACUAUGGCAAGCAAGGCAUGCAAGCCGCACGAAAUACCAGAAACCUCGUGCUAGAUGACUCACCUCUACGUAGCAAAUGGGGCAGCGACAUGCUAGACUCUUUAGGAGUCGACACGACGCGCGGUAUUUUUCAGAAAAAGCCUCGAGCCAGGCUGAAAAACAUGGUUCACUGGAUGCAAUUCGCAAUGCUAGGAGAUCCAGAACUGAAAAAUUACAAAAAAAUCGAUUUCAGUGCUGUCUAUUUCGGAGGAGGUGUAGCCCCGGGGGAUCAAGACCCAAGUAUGGCUUUGACGGGAUCUAGUUUCGGGAAAGAGCUAGAACAAACUGGAAGUAUGGAAGAUGGAGAUGCUGGACAAGGUAAACUAGAACAAGAAGAGAAUAACCCCUGGUGGCGAUUUCCGAUGCGGAGCAUUUUUGCGGAACGCUUUAACCCAAUCAUGUACGCGAUUCGCGAUCUCUUUGCUUUAGAUGGUCUAGACAAAUCUUCCCACACGUACAGUCCCCAUAGUCCUCGGGGUAAGAAACAGGCGAAGAAAAUGCUUGAAGAUGACGAGCGAUUUGGGACCACGACGAGUGAGCAGCAAGAAGAGCCAGAGCAGGACAAAAACACGAUUGACCUGUUCAAGUCUCGCGCAGACUGCGCUGACCUUGGCCAAACUAUCGCUACUCUGAUCGCCGCUCUAUGUGCGGAUGAUGAAGUGGAAGCUUUAGGGCCGAUUACGCUGUCCUUGCCAGAGGGGGAAGUUGCGCAGAAGGUGAGAUUCUUGGAGAAACUGCAUGAUUUCGCUGAGUCAACGCGUCUGAGGGCGAAGAAGGAACGGAUUGUUGAUCUUCGUAUCUUAGCUUUGAUGCUCAAGAUGAGUUGUACACGACUACUGUUGCAUUUUGAUUUCUUGACUAAGGGAACGCUUUUUGAGCGGGGGUCGUCUACGGCCAACACCUUCGCUAAACAUCAAGCUUUGGCGGGGAUUAUGAGCUUGCACCGCCCCUCGACAGCGACCCUAGUAGAGCAGGGACACACGGAAGCGAGUGCGCGCACAAUGCGCAGAAUGAACAGGGCCGCUGCUGCUUCGAACAAGAGGGGGAUGCUGCAGCAAAAGCAAACAGGGUCGAGCACUUCACUCGCUUUGUCGUCGUCGCCCUCACCUGUAGGUGGAGGAGAAACAUCGUCCAACAAAGAUUCCUCGAGUCCUCGUGUCAAAACUGUAGAGCACGUUGUUGUGGACACAACUACUGGCCGGAGCAGGACACGAAGAACUUCUUUUCAGCGUUCUUCAUCAGCGUUGGGUUUAGGAGGUUCUUCCGGAGACACCCUUCUUCAACAACCAGGACAACAAGGACAAGGACAAGGACAGCAGCUUCAGCAUCCUUUGAAAAAAUUUCGAGCAUCCUACUCAUCGAUGUCGUUGGGAGAGGAUCCUUCGCAAUCAGGUGGUGUGAAUGGUAAUGCUGGAAGCGGAUCUCCUGGCCCAGCUGCUAGUGAGCGAAAGAUGGAACUCCUGGCAAUGGAUGCUUUAGGUCAGCGUCACAGCAUUACGUUCUUGACGAAAGAAGAAAUUGCACAGGGUGGAGCAUUUCGAGGUUCUUUGAACGGGAGGGGUCUGGGUGCUGACGGUUAUUUGGGUAUGGGAGACGAGCAUGUGGAUCUUUCUACUAUGACAACAUCUCCCAGUAGAGGACCAGGAGUCAGCACGUUUAGUAGUUCGUCUGCCAGAGCCCGAGCCGCUAGAUCGUCCUCAACGCUGUCGAUCAAGGAAGAGCCUGAAGAAGCAGAAGCUCAGGAAGCUGCUCAGGAACAAGAGCAGGAAGACGAAGACUUUGCGAGUACUAGACAGCAAAUAGGAAGUCGCGCCACUGCAAGACGCUCUACGCCCGACGCUGAUCGUAUGUCGAUGACGAGCUAUGCUGAGGAACUGCUUAUCCAUACCAGUGGAGGAGUAACGGAGGCUACAGAUGAUCAUGAUCAUCUCGACUUGACCCAUCUCGACCUGAAUUCUGACCCACACAAGAUAGCCCAGGACGAAGCGACACUGAAAGCGAGACUGCAAGAAUUGAAACUGUCAAUAUGUCCUGGGGGAGAGGUGCGAAGAUUUCCCGCAGGAGUAGACUUAUCCUUGCUAGGUGAGACGCAAACGUCAGCGAAUAAACGACCUAGAAUCCGUAGGGUGGACCAUCAUGCAUCUUCAUCUUCUAGGCCAACAUCCUCCAGACGUGGGCGUCUGAGUCUACAAAUCGAGACAGAUGAAGGCACAGGAGCGACACCAGCGGAGGAGAGAAGUCGUGACGACGAUUAUUACGGACCAACUAGUAGUACAGGACCUCCAGGAGAUGGCACAUUGAUGGCAUCCUCUCAAGGAGAUGUUGGUUCUUACAACUACGGCUCCACCCCUCCAGUCUCAACGAUGGGCGCUUCCGUCAACGGAAACAUGCUGUUGUCGCCAUCUAGAAGGACGACAGCACUAGGUGUAGGUGGCAACCUCGUCCAAAAAUUUUCGACUUCAGAACGCAUGGUCUUCGUCCCCACCCCUUCCGGCGGUCCCCAGAGAAGUGGAGGCACACUUGUUUCGACCAUGGAAGCUGGCCCAAUGCUCUUGAAAUCAAUGAGCAGAUCGAGUUCGCAGCCCAAUCUGAGCAAAACGCAGCUAGAAGAAGGCGCAAAAAUUGAAAGCAAGCCUCCAGAAGAAACGCCUCUCUAUCAUCCGAUUUCCAAUCUAGUCCGAAAAAUGGGUCUGGAGUGUUUCGUUAGCGCUCUUAAAACGAAGCGAAUGAACUUUAGGUCCAGAGAUUCUCGGGAAUUCUUAGAGGAUAAUCCCACGGGAGUUCGCGUGACGCCGUACAUGAUAUCGCUGUUUACAGAACUGGCGCAAGAAACGAAAAAGCUAAAACAUAGUCCGGGAAUGGCGGAGAAUCCAGGGUAAAAAUAUUAAAGUAAGUAAGUUCUAAGAGUAUGAGUAAGUGUACUUAGUUGUUAAUAAGCACGUUAACGUUAUAAGCACUCGCACUGGCUUCUUCACCUUCAGUUUUCAUUUGUAGACUCUUCACCAGAAAACAAAUUCCCCAAGCGCAGUUAGUAGUUUCAACAAAACAAAAAGGGCGAAGCUGAUGUUCUCUCCUUCUGGUCGUUGAUGAAACUCUUCAAGAACUUCAUUCACAAAGACACUCCAACAUAUCCUCCCAAACAGGGCCCAAUACCUGGAACCCGGCACCGUCACUGCGUUGGAGAAUCUCUCCUUAGAGAUGCAGCUCAAGAAACGCGGUUUGUUGGAAGAUAUCAUGGACAAAGAAUGGAAGGUCAAGGUCGAUCAAGUCUUCAAAGCUUUAGACGCAGAUAACAGCGGCUACGUUGUAAGAGCCGAAAUGCAAGAAUGGUUCAUGCGAUCGAAUCAGGGGAGAAGUUCUUCGCCAUUGGCGGCGAGGAGAGGUAUAAAAAUUAAUGAAAUGUUAAAAGUUAUAACUUCCUUGUUUGUUUGUUUUGAUGCGCUCCGGGCGACGCGUACGAUCCCGCCGGAUUUCUUUGUGCUCUGUGUGUGUAGUGCUAUGGUCGUCAUUGCGAUCGACUAUGGUAUGUCUGGUCGCCACAGCUCAAGAGUUUUAUGUUCACUCAGAUUGAAGAUGUAGUUUGUCCCCUCACCCUCGUUAAUUAUCUUGUUCGCUUUAAUCUUCAUCUAUCAAAAUCAAUAUUUCUAUUGAAUCACCAGGUGGCCGACGCGCUGGGCGAAUGUGGAACGACAGAGCCGAUGAUGUUGUAAAGCCCAGCGACAAUAGUUCCCCCUAUCUCGAAGUCGUUGAAAAUAUCUUCGCUGAAAUAGAUGAUAACGGGGAUGGUUUAAUCAGUUACGACGAAUGGGUCCUGUACUUCGCGGAAUUAGUGCAACAAGGUCGGAUUCCGAUCGCACAAAUCGUAAACGAACUCGACAGCUUCCUCAAGCAUGGAGGUUAUGCGGCAAUCGGCCUCUUCAACAGAGACCACGAGUCGCAAGGUAAAAGGGAACAAGAAAGAGGUGGAAGACAGAUUAAACUGUAGGAGGCAAGAAAAAUGCUGGAAGACGACAGUGACAGAUUAAACUGUAGUAAACAAAAAGAUUUGGACGCACACAACAUGGCUCUAGUGAGGACGCACACUUCAUGAUGACCAUGACGCAUUUUCAUUAGAACUAUGACACUUUAACAAUAAUUACUUCAUGUACUACUUCUAGUUCUACAUCACCUAUUAUAGUACUAGGUACUAGGUAGAAACACAAGCAAAACCACAUGUAUAGAAAAUAUUUGGAUAGGGCGACUCUGCCUCUGGUACCGUGAAGACUCCCAACUCGUUAGUUGGGGUAGUUCCCUCGUGGACUAGGGGCACUGAUACACAUACAGCUGAUUACUUUAUUGAUGUACUUCUUAUUACUUCUACAUACAUUCUUUCAAGAAGAGCAAGAUCAGCAGGACUUUCCAUCUAUCUUCUUAUUGAUAAUCAUUGCCCUUAGACAAUGGAUAUGGAGUUGUGCUGAGUAUGCAAGAGGUGGACAUGUUAUGACCACAGCACGAGAAUCUAAUAAAUUUUUUACUUUUCUUGUUACCUUUGGUGGACAAUGAGUUAGUAUAUGAAUAUUGAUUCAUUCCACGGAGUUGACGACAAACCAACAUGUUCAAUCGCACGCAUACGCAUUCGUACUAAUGAUCACUAACUUAAUAUCGCAAAUAUAUGCACAACAAGAAUCACACGACGAACAGAUCAAGAAUCACACUAACUUAUCGCAAAAAGAACAUCAACGAGAAU